AUGGCUGAAAAGGCGAAGGGAUACAGACUCGAGUAUGCGACUUCAGCGCGCGCGAAAUGCAAAGGUGGCAAACCGUGUCAAGGAACACCAAUUGCCAAAGGCGAACUUCGGUUCGGCUCUGUUGUUGAUUUCCAAGGAAACACGUCCUUUGCAUGGAGGCACUGGGGGUGCGUGACGGCAAGGAUCAUAGAGAAUAUCAAGAAGAGCGUCGAGGAAGCUCCCGAGAUUGACGGCUACGAAGCUUUGUCGGCCGAAGACCAAGCCAAAGUCAACAAGGCUUGGGAGGAUGGCCAUGUCGCGGACGAGGAUAUCCCAGACACCGCCAGGAAGCCUGAAGCCGAAGAUGACGAGGACAAGCCGAAGAAGAAGAGGGCUCCCGCGAAGAAAGCUGCAGCUGCAGAUGCGGACGAGGAACCUAAAGAAAAGCCGAAGCGCACAAGAAAGCCAAAGGAAAAGGCGGCAGACUCCGGCGAUGAGCAAGAAGAAAAGCCCAAGAAAGCUGCUACUCGUAAACCCCGUGCUCCCAAGAAAGUUGAACAGGAUGACGAGGGUGAAAGUGAGGCGGAGGAAAAACCCGCUCCAAAGAAGCGCGCUCCCGCGAAGAAGGCCGCUGAACCCAAGGAAAAGAAAGCUCCUGCCAAAAAGCGUGCUCCCGCGAAGGCGAAGGCCAAGAAGGCAGACAGUGAUUCUGGGGAAGACUUCGCGAAGGACAUCGCUGAGGUUACAGCUGAUGAGGAUGAUGCUGAUGAGCCCGAAGAAGAGAAAGAGAAACCAGCAAAGAAGCAGCCAGUAAAGAAGGCUCCCGCUAAGGCUGUUCCCAAGAAGAAAGCCGCUCCCAAGCCGGAUACUGAAGAUGAGGAAAUGGAAGAUGCUCAGGCUCCGGCCAGCGAAGAUUCCGAGGGUGCCUCCAAGAAACGCAAAAAACCCGCCUCCAAGGCGUCGACUUCUAAGCCAGCCUCAAAGAAGGCCAAACCCGCUUCUUCGCGGGCCAAGAAAAGCAAGGAGGUCGUCGAAGAGGAUGAGGAUGAGGAAUAA